AUGGGCAAAGGCGGUGGUAACCAAAAGGGCAAGGGAAAAGAUGCCGGUGAUGCGGGUGAGAAGGGAAAAGGUGGAAAGGGAGGAUUGAAGCCUGCCACCGCGCUUAAUGUUCGGCAUAUUCUUUGUGAGAAGUACUCCAAGAAAGAAGAAGCCUUGGAGAAGCUGCGUAACGGUGCUAAAUUCGACGACGUUGCGAGAGAGUUCUCUGAGGAUAAGGCUAGACAGGGUGGCUCCCUUGGAUGGAAAGUCCGUGGUAGUCUCGAUGCGUCGUUUGAAAAGGCCGCGUAUGAACUGGAGCCCAGUACGACGAACAGUCCCAAGUAUGCGGAUAUCAAGACUGGAUUUGGAUACCAUAUCAUCAUGGUCGAAGGGAGGAGGUGA